CAAGACAAAAUGUGGCUGUCUAUGUUUUCUGUCUGGGGCAGUCUGCUAACACUAGUGGCAUCUCAGAGCUGCCCGGAUCCAUCUGAGAACAGCGCUUCGUGGGUGAGGUUAAAACCUCUAGGGCAGUGCAAGGAUGGGGAAAGUACAUGCCCUUAUCGCAUCACUCUUCCUCCUCUUACUGUUCAGCUUCCCAAGCAUUUCAGGGAGUUGGAGAAGAUGGCUGAAGAGCUGCAAAGCCUGACAGAGAUGUUGAACCAACUCAAAGCGGACUGUUGUGAAUGUAAGGACAGGCAGGAAAAGGACUGGAACAUACGGACAGAUAAUGAAGGGGAGGAUGAAGAAAAGAUUCAAGCUUCUAAAGGGACACUCAAGAUCAAAGAGAGACAGCAGGACAUAGUCGCAAGAGAAAGUACAGUUCAAGUGACUACUUCAAGAUCUGGAAUGGAAGACAUUUUGAUUAUCAGCAGUGAUGCAAAAGAUAUAAAUCCAACAGCUAACGGAAAACAAAGGAAUACCAAUCAGGAGAGAAAAAUGAAUCCACAAACCACUAAACCAAGGCCUGAGAGCAAUGUAGGGCAAAAAGGAUUUAACCCUGUGCGAAAAAAUCUAAUAAGUGGGAGUAUGAGCAAAGCCGAAGAGGUCCCCUCACUUACAACAACAAAAAAGAACACACCACAGGCUAAACUGACUGAAUCAUCUUUUUCUGGACAUUCAGACAAUGAACCACCUAAACAUCAUGAAAAACCCAAGGACAACCCAAUCAAGGUGGGACAUGGGAUGAACCCUAGUGAAACCCUGACUGCGAAAGGCAAGGUGAAGAGUGUCCCUGAAUACCAUGUGGUGACAUUGGAUACAGAGGAUGAUGUAGAAACAAAGCAACUGCAAACAACUAAAGGUGAUAAGGUACAAGAGGAAAGACGACUGGUGCCUGGAAACGAUGCUCAAAACAAUAGAGAACUUGAAAUAAGCAUGAAACAACUUACCGGGAAAACACAGACCAAGGAGGAUAAUAAAGAAUUACCUGACGCUGGAAUGAAAGAAUCAAGAUCCAAUAUUUCUGAUGACAGUGUCAGUGUAAUACAACAGCCAACCUUGAAAAAUAUGGAAAAGAAUAAUCAUGGUGCUACCUCUACUAAGCCGAAACCAUUAAAACCUGGAAUAUAUUCAGGGGGGGAUGCUAAAGUGAACUCAAAACCAGUUAACACAGAUGACACAACAAGACGACAAAAGAAGGUAAUGUCACCCAUCACAGGAAGAGCUAAUGUCUCACAUAACAUAAGUCAAAUGGAUCAACAAACAGUGGGAAUCGAGUCGAAAAAUGCAUUUAUACCUGACAUGGAUGCAACGAUGGACACUGGAACAGAAUCAAAAGUUAUCACAGCAAAGAAAGUAAGUGAACAAGCAAAGUCACUAUCACCAGCUAAUAAUACAGUAAGUGAACUUAAGCAUUCAAGACCACCCAACACAGGCAGAGCUAAUUCCACAGCUGAUGGAGAUUUAAUAAACCGAUCAACACUGAGCAGUAAUGUUCAGACCCGAAAGAAACCUGGAAAGGAUGCAGAGAGUAACACUGGGAUGAAUGCACAUCGAGUCAGUGGACUACAAAAUUCAGGAUUACCCAUCUCAGGCAAGAAUGAUGGCAAAGCUGAUGUAAGUCCAACGAAUUCACAAAUACCAAACAUUAAGUAUGACUUCAAAGCAGGCACAGAUUCAGAGAUUGAUGCUGGAAUAGAUUUAAAGCCAGUAAAUAUCAUUGAGACAGUCAGUGAAAUAAAAAAUUCCAGAUCACCCAUCUUAGAGAGCGUUAAUGUCACAGCCGAUGUAGAUCUGAUAAAUGCAAAAAGAAAAAGCAGUAACUCUCAAACCACAUUAAAACCUAGCAAAGAUGCAGAGAGCCGUUUUGGAAUGAAUUCAAAUCUAGUCAGUGUACAAAACAAUUCAAGAUCACCUGUCUCAGGCACGAUUGAUGGUAUGGUUGGUGAAAGUUUAACAAAUCCACAAGUAGGGCACAGGAAAACCCAUGGCAAAACUAACACAGAAUCAGGAAGUGAAGCUAGAGUGGGUAAAUCAAACCCAGUAAACAAUGUUGAGACAGUCAGUGGAAAAGGGACAUCAAGAUCACCCAUUUCUAAAGAAAGACUAAAGAAUUCUAGACCACCCAACUCAGGCAGAGCUAAUUCCACAGCUGAUGCAGAUUUAAUAAUUCGAUCAACACCAACGAGUAACGUUCAAACCCCCAAAAAACCUGGAAAGGAUGCAGAGAGUAACACUGGAAAGGAUGCACAAAAAGUCAGGGGACUACAAAAUUUAGGAUUACCCAUACCAGGAAUAAAUGAUGGCAAAGUUGAUGUAAGUCCAACCAAUUUAAAAAUACCCAGCAUUAACUAUCCCUUAAAAACAGGCACAGAUUCAGAGAUUGAUGCUGGAAUAGAUUUAAAGCCAGUAAAUAUCAUUGAGACCGUCAGUGAAAUAAAAAAUUUAAAAUCACCCAUCUCAGACAGCACUAAUGUCACAGGUGAUGUAGAUAUAAUAAGCGCAAAAAGAAAGAGCAGCAACUCUCAUACCACAUUAAAAUCUAGCAAAGAUGCAGAGAGCCAUAUUUCAAUGAAUUCAAAUCCAGUCAAUGUACUAAACAAUUCAAGAUCACCUGUCUUAGGCAAGAUUGAUGCUUUGGAUGGUGAAACAAAUCCACAAGUAGUGCACAGGAAAACCCAUGGCAAAGUUAGCACAGAAUCAGGAAGUGAUGCUAGAGUGGGUAAAUCAAACCCAAUAAAUAAUGUUGAGAUAGUCAGUGGACAAGGGACAUCACCCAUUUCUAAAGAAGGACUAAAGAAUUCGAGAUCAUCCAUCCUAGACAGAGCUAAUUCCACAGCUGAAAUAGAUCUAGAACAUACAAAAUCGCUGAAUCCUCAAAUGCCUUUCACACAUGACGCAGAUGUACAUAGUAAGAGUGGAAUAGAUCAACACCAGUUUAACGCAUCUGAGACAGUCAGUCACUUACAAACAUCCAAAUCCCCCAAAUCAGACAUAACUGAUACGGUUGCAGUAGGUCAAACAUAUCCAGGAACACUGGAUGACACCUUUACAAAUCCUUUCGAACCUGUUACAGAUAAGGACAGAAAUGCUGAAAUGGAUUUAAACCCUCUUAGCAAAGUUAAGACAAAUAACCCACUAGAAAUGCCACAAUUAUCAGUUACAGACAAAGCUGAUGCUACAGUUAAUGUAAACCAAAUAAAUCCACAAACAACAUACAGUAACUCUAAAAAUACCACGGUGAUAUUAACUUCAGAUAACAAGGUUGAGACAGUCAGUGGACUAGAAAAAACAAGAUUGCCUAUCGCAGUAUCUGAGAGGAAGCCUGGAAAAUAUCCAAACCGAAAUCAAACAACUGAUAUUGAAAGCAAAGAGACAUCCAAACCACCCAUCUCUGAUUCCAGACCAGAAGUAAGUGGUACAAAUUCCACCCUGAAUGGUAAUAGUGGUUUACCCAGAAGACAAUUUCUGCCUAGAUCAAAAGUUAACAUGACACAACCGAGGAAUGGAUGGGUUAAAAGUGCAAAACCUAUGAGUACAGACACUAAAAGAAAAAUAGCACCAACAAACAACAAAACUACAUCUUUAAGAAGUGAUGCUAUGACGAGCGGCAGACGCCUGCCCACUGGACUUCUUCCUAAAAGACAAGAGAAGCAGCAAGAAAUCACUCACCAACCAGAAAGAAUCAGUCCCACUGGAAUAAGUCUAAGUAAGGAUUAUAUACAAAGAAAACCGAAUAUUUUGCAAAGACUACCAGUAAAUCAAAGUAAAGCCUUUGGCUCAGAAGGAUCAAAAAACACAAGUCGAGUAAUUGAUUAUACGAUUAGCAGUGGGACAACACAUUCUAACUCUAAAACUGCAUCCGGCCCUAAUAAGUUUAACAGCACAGCCUAUGACAUGAGUCGAUCUGUCAGUCCCACUUUGGCAACACAGGAUAAUGUGGAUCGAGCUGAUACAAAAGAAACAAAAACCUUACCUACAGUCAAUGUAUUACGCACGUUAAUAAAUCAUCAUGUUGAAAGUACCUCUCAAAGUAUUGGGAACAAACCAAAAGGUAAAAACACCAGUGUGAGUUCAAGAGAGGAUCUGGUUUUGGACACAGCAGGUAAAACUGGAAGGGACACACAACCUCGUGUUGUGGAAGAGACAAAAGGCACUGAAAGAAGACCAGGACAAACCUCAUUUAAAACUAGCAGUAAAGAUUCCAACCAGCAAAAACUCAAUAAACCACCCAGAGCUGGAAGCAUUCAGAAUCUUAAUGAGAAGAUGCCUCUGGUUGUGGAAAGCAGUAGAAGGCAUGAGUUAAAUUAUCCUACUACUGUAGCUACCCCUUUCACAGUAAAACCACAGAUUAAAGACAAUUACAGCAAAGGAUCCCGGUUUACUCCUCCGAUUAAAACAGCACCACAUUUUGUGGAUCAAGAUCCUGUAGAACAAGCCAAAACUACUUCUGGAGUGAAAGUGUCAAAUAAACAUAUUCAUCCCAGGCUUGAAAAUCCCAGCCAGGAAAUGGAGCCCAAAAGUUCUCAUAGUGACACUGGAAACAAAGAGUUCCACAGUGCAAGCAGUGGUCAAGGGUCAAGGGUGGGUCUGGUGACAGAUCUUCAACCCAACUCUUUGGACCCCAUACAAAACAGAACAACUAACUCAAAACCUAUUGUCAUGGACAUAGUCAAGGCCAGUACAGGCUCAAAGGUGUCAACCAUAUCUACAGAAAGCACCAAUAAAAACAAAGCAAAAGACCUAAACCCAGUUGCUAUAAACAGGAUUGAGGCUAAUACAGAGGCUAAUCAAGUAACUCAAUCCUUAGACAAUGCCAAACAUCAUGGAAAGAACAAAUCUUUAUUAGGAUCCACUGACCCUGUAGAGGACAAUAAAGAAGGACAUUCAAUCAACAACAAUAAUGGUAACCAUUACCCAGUUUCGGUAACCAAUAGGACUGGUGCAACUUUAAACAAAAUAGCAGCUGGGCACCCCAACAAUGGAGGUAACAAGAAACCACUCACUGUUAACAACAUGGAUGACAGACAGGGUUUAGAGAAGCAGCUGUUGAACAACUGCCGUGGACAGUGUGAUCACCGUCCAGCUUCUCAGUCAAUACUUAACAGCCAUGAGACAUCAAACAACGACAGAGAUAAACCCUCACAAGACUGUUCUGACUUCAUGAGGAGAAACCUGAGAAGUGGCAUCUACAAUAUAACACCAGCCCAAUCAGGCAACAGGACUUUCCCCGUGUUCUGUAACAUGAAGUCCUCUGGUGGAGGCUGGACUUUAAUUCAGCGUCGCUUCGAUGGAAGCAUCAGUUUUAAUCGUACCUGGAAUGACUAUAAGCAGGGUUUCGGUAAGCUGAUGGGUGAGUUCUGGCUGGGUAAUGACAAGAUCCACUGGCUAACGUCAACUAAAACCAUGGUAUUGCGAAUUGAACUAGAGGAUUUGGAUGGAAACAAGGAAUAUGCCCAGUACGACCACUUUCAUGUAGCUAAUGAAAGUCAGUACUACAAGCUGACGAUAGAAGGAUAUUCAGGCACAGCAGGAGAUGCUAUGCAGUACAGCAAACACUUCAACCACAACCAGAAGAACUUUACCACUCCUGAUAGAGACAAUGAUCAAUACACCUCAGGAAACUGUGGAGCCUACUAUGGCUCUGGAUGGUGGUUCGAUGCAUGUUUAUCAGCGAACCUGAACGGGAAGUAUUACGAAACAAAAUAUAGAGGAGUGCGAAAUGGCAUCUUUUGGGGUACCUGGCAUAAUAUUUCCAUUGAGUCCUACCUAACCCAUGACCGACAAUCAUUUAAGACUGUGAGGAUGAUGAUUAGACCCAGAACAGGAUUUCUGAUGGACUAGUUGUUGGACAGAUGGACAGAUAAAAUUCCAAGGACAGCUGUUUCCCUGUUACUUUCAGAAAGAAGUUGUAGAUCUACUUGGAUAAGUUUUGGGAAAAAUCCCUUUUCCCUUUUAGUGGAUUGUUAUGUGCUAUUUUAUUACUAUGCAGCUCAGUACAGUUCCAUGACAGUAUUGUUAAUGUUGUUAAGAGAUGUUUAUUUCUGGUUAACAAUUUGGUCCAUUUACAUUUUAUGAAGCAAAGGGCCAGAUCAGCCCCAGAAUAAAUAUUUAUUAAGGUUACUUAUACAAUGACCUUAUCUUCACUGGUAAAAUAAAUGGAUGGAAGCCAGUAGUAAAGCUGUAAAAGUGACGCAUUAAGGUGCAGAACAAAUUGCACACUGUGUCCAAAAGAAGAUUUUGACAAAAUGACAAGUUUUUGUCUUAAAACAAAACGUCAUUUGAUUUGCAAUAAUUAUAUCCAAUGGAAUUUUGGAAAUAAAUGAGUUAUUAUGUGCACUAGAGUUUAUUGGAGGGUGAAAAAUAAAAAACAACAGAUCACUUUUUUAAGAACUGAACACACUUCAUCAUGUUGUUCAAUGCAUAGCACUUCAUUUAUAUUUUUAUAUGUAAAAAAGCUCAGUGUUAUGGACAAAAAAAGCUUAUAUUUUAUACCAUUACUUAAAAAUAUAUAAAAAUUUAUGAAAAUAUAUGAAGGAGCAUGAACAAUGAUGUAUGAAUAAACUCAUGCUGUUUAUGUAAUUCAUCCAAUUACUACAUUAUUUUUAAUAUUGUAUUAUGGGUUUCUUCCAUACCAGUGUAUACCAUCUUUAUAUUCACAUUUUAUUUUUAUUAUUAUUUACUAAAAUUCCACUCAUAUUUCUUCAAAUCCAACCAGUGGACCACAGCAAACUGGCAAUAAUGUGAUGGGUUAAACAGAUUUUUAUGAAUACAUACAAGCAAUAAAAGUUUUUAUUUUUUAUUUUUGACUACAUAAGGGACGGUAUAAUGUACAGUUUAAUUCAAAUACAAAAAUAAUUAUUAAAAAAGGCUUAUUAGUGCAUGUUAACAUCUUCAUAAACAGAGCUCUUCUGCUGAAGCUUCACAUCUUUCAUAACAAUGGGUAAAAUUCCAAGGUCCUCCAAGAACAGCCUAAAAUUCUUACUGGCAUAUGGAUCAAAGGAGCUAGAAACAUUCCUCAGACAUUCUCACCCACAACAAUAUAAUGGUAUCAUAUAGUUUAGGCACAUUUAUGC